AUAAUUCUUACGUAUUUAAUGGAAGAUCUUGAUUUUAGUUCAAAGACAUCUUCUUCUCGUCUAAAGCUAUUUGGAUUUAGCGUUGAGGGAGAAGAAGAUUUCUCCGACCAGUCGGUGAAAGCUAACCAAUCAUCCUUAUCGCCGGAGCCUGGCGAAGUUCCGGCGGCGGGAUCCUCCGGAAGAAGUGGUGGUAAUGUACAACGCCGAGGAGGAGAAGGAGGAGGAGAACGUAAGUAUGAGUGUCAAUAUUGUUGCAGGGAGUUUGGUAGUUCUCAAGCGUUAGGUGGUCACCAAAACGCUCACAAGAAAGAGCGUCAGCAACUCAAACGCGCUCAGCUUCAAGCUACACGAAACGCUGCCGCUACUUUCUCUAACGUUGGAUCUGCAUCUCCGUUUAUACGGAAUCCAAUAGUCUCUGCCUUCGGUCAUCCACCUCAUCUCCUAUCAUCCGCCAUGUCUCCGCCGGGAGGAGGAGGAGGUUCUUGGAUGUAUCUUCCACGUGUAUCACCGUCUCAGCUCCAUGUGUCGCAUGGUUGCGUGAUCCAGGAUGGCGCGGGUGGCGGUGUUGGUCCGGUUGACUUCUCCUAUGAUUCUGGAUAUAGAUAUGAUGGGUCUCCGUUGAGGCAUGUUCAGGCCCAUGGGCCAAGACCAUCAGUGAAUGGGUUUUCAAGAGAAGUGGAACCCACUUUUAAUGAUGGCUUAGGGUUGGAUUUGCAUCUGAGUCUUGCGCCAGCUGGUCAAUAACGUUGUUUUUUAACUCAUAAACAACAUUCAUUUCACCGGAUACAAAGUGCUUGACCACAAGUGUUUACACCACUAAUACAAUGAAGCAAUCUAGUAUCUAAUUCAGUCACUAACUUGGACGUAAUCCUACCUAAUUGAAACCCCAUUGUAUCUUAGACUACUAUGAGAAUGAAAUCACCUCAAGAACCGAAGUGAUCCAUCUCUUAUUCAAACCUCCUAAAAUCGAUCUUGAAACACGCUAAUAUUUACUAUAACCGAGAAUACAUGAUUAGGCACAAUUCUUAAACAAGCAAGUGGUACCAAAAGAUUGGCAUGAUGACCGUGACUCAAAUGCAAUUUUUUUUGUCACUGUUCAAAUGCAAUUUUAUCAAAGGCGCUUUUUCGAGAUAACUGCAUAC